AUGUAUGACGUCGAAGAUGAUAAAACAUAUAUGAAGCGAACAAACUCACAACAAAAUCAACAUAACCCAACUCUCGAUUUCAUAUCACAAACCGAGAAAAUGGAACCCAAUACCGCCUCUCACAGGACCCCUCAUUCGGAAUUGACAAAUGGAAUUAACAAGCAGAGUGUCGUGAGCUCGAUUCCAUCGGUACCGGUAACGGUUGAGAGAAAGCCGUUCAUACAACCGGAUAACGAUCAAGUCGUUCAACAUACCGGCACUCCCAGAGCCAACAUCGCCGUAACAAAAGACCACCCCGAAGGAACCACCGAAAACGACUGGGCCUCCAAACACCGCGACCAAAGCGUCCUCCAACAACACUGCGAUUUCUUCGACCGCGACCACGACGGCAUCAUCUGGCCGCAAGACACCUACGUCGGCUUCCACCGCGUCGGCUUCAACAUCCUGCUCUCGCUCCUCGCCGUCUUCAUCAUCCACGCCAAUUUCUCCUAUCCCACCUCCCCGUCCUGGCUCCCUGACCCCUUCUUCCGGGUCUAUUUGAAGAAUGUGCAUAAAGCCAAACACGGAAGUGACAGCGGCACUUAUGACACCGAAGGCCGGUUCGUGCCGCAGAAAUUCGAGGAUAUAUUCGCCAAAUACUCCGAGGGCAAGGAUGGGAUUACGAUUUAUGAUGUUUCAAAGUUGUUGAAGGGACAAAGGUUGAUUGCUGAUCCGAUUGGAUGGGGUGGUGCGUUUUUUGAAUGGUUGGCUACUUAUAUCAUGUUAUGGCCAGAAGAUGGGAAGAUGAGAAAGGAGGAUAUUCGAGGGAUUUAUGAUGGCAGUUUGUUUUAUACGAUCGCGGAGAGGAGGGAGAAGAAGCAAUCUGAAAAAUCGAUUGGACGGAAUCUUUUGGGGAAACUCGCGACGGCUGUUGAUAAGACUGGGUUGUGA